GACACGGGCUACAUGCCUCUCAAGCUCGGCAGCAGAGUAGCUCUCAUGGUGAACAGGUAUGGUGAACAGCCUGGGCGCAACGCCAGCUAUUGCAGCAGGCAAGGCUGUGCCACAGCUUUCCCCCCACCUCCCCACCUCUCCCCCACCCCCACCCCAUCCUCUCCCCCCUCACCACCAUCCCCCCAGCCUGGCCUGGGCGCAACACCAGCCAUGGAGGUCAUGAUUGCGGCCGGCAAGGCUGUAGCGCAACUACAGGUGGAGCAUGGGCUGGCAGUGGAGCGAGUGUAUGCAGGCCAUUUCAUGACUUCCCUCGACAUGUCAGGCCUCUCCCUCUCAGUGCUCAAGGUGGACGAUCAAGUGCUGCAGCGACUAGACGCCCCCACCCUCGCCCCUGCAUGGCCCAACGCCUGCCAAGGUGCCCGUCCAGCUACCAAGGUGCCAGUGCCACUCCCCCCAGCCCCACCAGGCUCUCAACCUGCAUCAGCAUGUGAGCGCCCCAAGGAGUUGACAGAGGAGGGGCGGUGCUUGGAGCGGUGCAUCCGAGGGGGCGCCCAGGCCGUGCUGGCUCUGGCAGCAGACCUGAAUGCAUGGGAUGCCAAGAUUGGCGAUGGGGACUGCGGCAGCACGAUGAGCCGUGGGGCCAAGGCAGUUCUUGAAGCUCUCGCCUCAAGAUACCCCCUAAAUGAUGCACCAGCGACAAUUAGGGAGAUGGGCGCGAGUGUGCGGUGCUCCAUGGGAGGGACGAGUGGAGUGAUAUACGACAUCUUCUGUCGCUCUGCAUACGUGAAGCUGAGGGAGCUCGCAGGGUCAGCAGCACAGCCCACCCCUGCCCACUGGGCGGCUGCAUUUGAGGCGGCGGUGGCAGCGGUGAGUCUGUACGGCGGUGCUCAAGCGGGCUACCGCACCAUGCUGGAUGCUCUGCUGCCCGCCGCUGCCUCUCUCUCUCGCAGCAUCACAGCAGGGGAGUCAGCAGCGGCCGCGCUGGCUGCUGCUGCUCAGGCUGCUGCUGCCGGAGCCGAAUCAACCAAGUCAAUGCCAGCUCUGGCUGGCAGGUCCAGUUAUGUACCAGCAGAGGUGUUGGCAUCAGUGCCUGAUCCCGGAGCCAUGGCUGUAGCGGCAUGGCUGCAAGGUGCCGCUACAGCCAUGCAACCACCGCCGCCGCCUGUAGUGGAGUCCGUAGCAGAGCCUGCAGCGGCAGCAGCGGCAGCACCAUCAGCACCACAAGAACAGUUGUAG